AUGGACUCUUCCCGAACUUUUGGCAAUGCUCCCGCUCCUCCUCCUCCUCUUCCUCCCACUAACGCGCCAUCUUCAUCCACUGCCACCACUAGGAUCAACACCAUCGUCAGUAGUGACGAUGGUUCGCAAAAAAAGCUCGUCUCUCUUCUUGCUUUUCACCAUUUGCUUCUCGAGUUCGUUCACGAGUUUUACUCCUCCGCAACAACGACCACCGACCGAAAAGCGCAGGAACGAGAACAAGAACAAGAACGAGGAGAGAGAAAUUCGAGAGGCAAAAAUAACAUCGAUACAAUGGGCCAGUCUGUAGGACAAUCGCUCUGCGAAAAGCACCUGCUCGACGUGAAACCGUUCGGUGAGGAUAAAGUAGACGAGAUUAUCGUGUGGAUGUGCAAGAACUUUUGGACAAAGACGUUUGGAAAACGAAUUGACUCUUUGAAGACAAAUAAUCGAGGAACGUUUGUCCUCUUAGAUAAUAACUUCGCCUUGACGAAAACUUUCGCCGAUAAAUGUAGUUCUGGUAGAAGCAGCGAUAGUAGCAAUAAUAGUAGCGCGGCGAUGCUGACAGCAACAUCAUCAGAUGGGGGACAACAACAUGAAGAGAACAAUAGUCACGAGGACGGCGUAGAAGAACACGCGUUGUACUUCGCCAGUCAAAUAGUAAAAGGAGCGCUGAAUAGAGUGAAAGUGAAUCCGCAGAGCGUAAAAGGAGAGUUUGUUUCAAAGCGCUCGCAUCGCGCGGUCACGUUUACGAUUGUUUUGUAA